AUGGCCCUGCCCGACCUCGUCAAGGGCGUCCUGUCCAACGGCAUCGCCGGCGCUCUCCUCUACGCCGUGGCGACGUCGCUCGACCUCGCGACCUACGUCAAGGUCGCGCUGGCCGUGCAGUACGGCGUCUACCUGGUCCACGGCCUGCCCUGCAAGAGCGAGCGCUUCUACGACCUGUCCGGCAGCCUGACGCACCUCUGCGUCAUCGGCGCGGCGCUCGUGCAGGAGGCGCCGCGGACGCCGCGGCAGAUCGCCGUCGCCAUCGCGGGCGUCGUCUGGUGCUGCCGCCUGGGCACGUUCCUCUUCCUGCGCAUCGAGAAGGACGGCCGCGACGAGCGCUUCGACGCGCUGAAGAAGCACGCGCUGCGCUUCCUGGGCGCGUGGACGAUCCAGGCGCUCUGGGUGUCGCUCGUCCAGCUCCCUGUGGUCCUCGUCAACGACCGCGUCGACGACGCGCCGCUGGGCCCGGUCGACGCGGCCCUCGCGGCGAUCUGGUGCGCGUCCUUCAUCUUAGAGACGCUCGCGGACGUGCAGAAGUUCGUCUGGCGCUGCGACCCGGCGAACAAGGGCAAGUUCAUCACGGUCGGCCUCUGGCGAUACGCGCGCCAGCCCAACUAUUUCGGCGAGAUUUUCAUGUGGCUCGCGCUCGCGGCCGUGGCGACGAACGCGGCGGCGGGCGCCGACGACUUCAAGCGCGUCGUCUGGUCCUUCGGCUCGCCGGCGUUCACGGCGCUGCUCCUGCUGUGCGUGUCGGGGCUGCCGAUGGUCGACCGCGCGUCCAUGAAGAAGUGGGGCGACGACCCGGCCUACCUCCACUACGUCAAGCACACGUCCUCCGUCGUGCCCUGGAAGCCCGCGCCGGCCUUCUCGAAGGAGGCGGCGCCGAAGAAGGCCAAGGCGGCCGCGGCGGCGGCGACGCCGGUCCGCCGCAACCCCGCGCGCGCGGCCAAGUCCGCGGCCAAGGCCGAGUAA